GCUCAAAUAUCAACAUCCGUCCCACCCUCGUUCCGUCUCUUCUGAGCCCAGUCUCCUUUCAUAAGCUCCUCGCCCUCCUCUCUCUCGUCGGCUUCCUGCACGUCGGAGCUCACCUGCCAUCCGUCUCAGACCCCCGCCUAAACUUAGUCAAGCCUCUGUAACCCCAAUUUGGUCUCUAGACUUCACUAUCCGUGAUGGGACUCGGCAGUGUGCUAGCCUGGUGGGCACUCUUUGGGAGCUUAGCCCAUGCGGUUUCUACCUUCAGCCCCGCGAGGCCACCGGCGAUCCCCCUUGCGGUAAAGGCGCCGUAUCUGAACUCGUGGCUGAGGGUCGGAAGCGACGGCGGGAGCGGGGGCUACCUUGCCGGUUCGUGGCCGACAUUUUGGACGGAACAAAUCACGGGGUGGGUGGGCUUUAUUCGCGUGGAUGGGAAGGCAUACAACUGGUUAGGGGCACCUCCGGGCGUGGAUCUAGUUGACCAGACCGACUUCUCUUACACCUCGACGCGGAGCACGUUUCUGAUGAACGUGGGAGGCAAGGUCGAGAUGAACAUUACGUUCCUGUCGCCCGUGACGCCCACUGACCUAAAGCGACAAUCUCUGGUUUUCUCCUACCUGGAGGUCGGCGUCCAUUCGCUAGAUGGCGCCGACCACGACGUUCAGCUUUACACGGACUGCUCGGCUGAAUGGGCAUCCGGCGACCAGAGCGCCAUCGUCGAAUGGGACUACAAGACGGCCGAUGGUGUUGCUUAUCAUGAAUUUACGCGACAGAAUCAACAGCCGAUAUCUGAACACAAUGAGCAAGCGAACUGGGGCACCUGGUUCUGGUCUACCAAAGACGUCGACAAUCUCUCGUGGCAAAGCGGUGCGGAUGUGGACGUGAGAGGGACUUUCAUCAACCAAGGUGUGCUCCCGAACUCAAAAGACACCCGAUUCCGAGCUGUACGAGAUUCAUGGCCCGUUUUCGGGUUCUCCAACGACCUCGGGUCCGUCGGAGCGUCGCACGUCUCUACCCUGUAUACAAUCGGCGUGACGCAAGGCGAUGCCAUUCAACUCUUGGGCGAAGGCGAAGGCGGCAGCCUCACGACCUACCCGUCGCUGUGGAAGAGCUAUUUUAACUCCGACGUUGAAGCUAUGACGUUCUUCUAUAACGACUACGGCGAGGCGUCGAAGCUGGCCACGGACUUGGACAAUAGGGUCGCUAGGGAUUCCCUCGCCGCCGCAGGCCAGGACUACUUGACCUUGACUAGCCUCAGCGUCCGGCAGACGUUCGGCGCUCUGCAGUUUACGGGCACAGACUCGGACCCGUUGGUGUUCCUCAAGGAGAUCAGCUCCAACAGCGAUAUCCAGACGGUGGAUGUCAUCUUCCCCGCCAUACCGCUAAUCCUAUACACGAACCCGACGCUGAUCAAGUACAUGCUCAAGCCGCUCUUCCUCAACCAGGAGAACGGGCACUACCCUAAUCGGAACGCGAUACACGACCUCGGCACGUUCCCGCUGGCCAGGGGCUACCCGGACGGCUCAGACGAGCCGAUGCCGCUCGAGGAGUGCGGUAAUAUGAUUAUCAUGGUCCUCGCAUACGCGCAGCGGACGGGAGACAACGACUACCUCCGGGAGCACUACGAGAUCCUGCGGCAGUGGGCGGGGUUCCUGGUGGACGAGGCGCUCAUCCCCGCGGAGCAGAUCUCGACGGACGACUUCGCUGGCCCGCUGGCGAACCAGACCAACCUUGGGCUCAAGGGGAUCAUCGGGCUGCGCGCGAUGGCGGAGAUCUCGGAGCGCGUGCGCAACGACACCGACGCGAAGAGCUACGGCGACACGGCGACGUCGUACAUCGCGCAGUGGCAGGGGUUCGGGAUCAACUACGAGGCGGAGCCGCCGCACACGACGCUGAGCUACGGCGACGGGGCCUCGCACGGCCUGCUGUAUAACCUGUACGCGAACUCACUGCUCGGGUUCGGCGACAGCUUCGUGCCGCGCUCGGUGUACGACAUGCAGUCGGCCUUCUACCCGACGGCGGCCAACGAGUACGGCAUCCCGCUAGACACGCGCCACACCUAUACCAAGACGGACUGGAUGCUCUGGGCUGCCGCCAUCGCGGGCCCCGAGACACGCGACACCUUCAUCCGGCUCAUCGCGCGCUGGAUCGACGUCACGCCCACGAACCUGGCGCUCACGGACCUCUACGACACCAUCAACGGCGACUACCCCGGCGGCCUGCGGUUCACGGCGCGACCCGUCGUCGGCGGCCACUUUUCGCUGCUGGCGCUGCCUUAGCUGGUAGAGCUCUCGGAGAGCAUGACGCGGGUGUAUCGAGGGCGGCCAGGAGAGGUACGCACGCCGUCCGGUGAUGCCAUCACGUCGCCAACUCUCUCCCAUCCCCUCGCAUCACACACUCCCACACUCACAUAUCAUCUCCCUUCCUCCCCUCCCCCUUUUCAGUUUCUCGACCCUCGCUAUGCCCGUGGCGCCCCCCAUACCC